CGAUCACUCGCUCAGUGUACAGUAGGUAAAGUAGUCAGAGAAGUGUUGAGUGCUCUCCCAACCACUGUUUUUCGUGUAUCCAGUGUUUAAAACAACCAUCUGACACGAUUCAGCAUGUCAGAUCUUGCUGUGGAAAAGGGCCAUGUCCGAAUGUUGGCAUUAAUGGUAACUUCAGCUGCUAUUGGAGGCACACUUCAGUAUGGCUACAACCUUGCCAUCAUGAAUGCUCCUACCAUUUUCAUUCAGAAGUUUGUAAAUGAGACAUUCCUGGAGCGCUGGGAUGUCCAGUUGCAGGAUUACCAAGUGACACUGGUUUGGACCUUCAUUGUGUCAAUAUUCUCUCUGGGAGGUUUGGCAGGAGCUCUCAUAGGUGGACCUAUGGCCAUACACUUUGGAAGGAAGAAAACCUUGCUGUUGAACAACAUUUUCCUGAUGCUGGGUUCAGUCUUAGCUCUGACAAGUAGAGCUGCCAAAUCUUUUGAAAUGAUCAUCCUCUCUCGAAUCUUGAUUGGAAUCAAUGCUGGGAUCAGUAUGAAUGUACAACCUAUGUAUUUUGGAGAAAGUGCUCCAAAGCAUCUGCGAGGAGCAGUGUCCCUGUCAUCAGCUGUCUUUACAUCAUUUGGAGUGGUUUUGGGACAGGUCGUGGGUCUCCGGGAGAUCUUGGGCAGUGAGCCCCACUGGCAGUACCUCUUAGCCAGUAAUGCCAUCCCAGGCAUAGUUCAGCUUCUCACUUUACCCUGGUUCCCUGAAAGCCCUCGCUAUCUUCUCAUCGACAAAGGGGACAAAGAAGCUUGUAUACAUGCUCUGCGGAUUCUGCGCGGGUGUGAGGUCCAGCAAAGUGAGCUGGAUGAGAUCCUGCAGGAACAGGCUGAGGCCAAGGGUUUAAGAGCCAGCCGGCCAUGGGAGCUGUUCACUGACCGCAGCGUUCGCUGGCAACUACUGACCAUCAUAGCUACAAGCAGCGCUAUGCAACUAUGUGGCAAUGACUCGAUUUACUUCUAUGCUUCCUAUGUGUUUCAAGAGGCUGGGAUGUCUUCUGAAAAGAUCCAAUACAUCACCAUAGGCACUGGCACGUGUGAAUUUACAGCCUGUAUAAUGUGUAAUCUGCUGAUUGAGAGGCAAGGCAGAAGAUUUUUGUUGAUGGGGGGGUACAUUUUGAUGACAGGCUGGACAGUCAUCUUCACAGUAGCACUAUCCCUUGAGCACAAAAUACAGUGGAUGCCGUACAUGAGCAUGGCAUGCAUCUUCACUUAUAUUCUGAGCUUUGGCAUGGGACCAGCUGGAGUGACUGGGGUCCUGCCUACAGAGAUCUUCAGUCAGACUGCCCGGCCCGCAGCCUACAUGAUAGCUGGUUCUAUGAUGUGGCUAAACCUCUUCAUAAUAGGAAUGAUAUUUCCAUUCCUAGUGAGUGAGUUGGGCCAAUUCUGCUUUGUCCCCUUUGGAAUUGUCUGCUUUCUGUCUGCUCUGUUCGUGGGCUUGGUUCUGCCUGAGACCAAGGGAAAGACAUUGACAGUCAUUGCAAAUGAGUUCCACAAGCUGAACUACAGAAACCAGGACAGGCAGAUUUUAACUACCACUCAGGGCCAGUACCAACUGGGUGAAAUGUGCAGAUCCACUGCCUUAUAA